UUUUAAACGAUAUCUGACACAACAGCUCAUCACUUCUCAUCGACCAUCGGUAAUCAAUUCCCUUCAUUACUUCCCAUGUACUUGUUGCAUUAAUUUCUCUGAAGCUAUACUUCCGAGGUGUAAUAAUUUAAAUUCGACGAGCGCUUGCGCGUAUUAUCGAUUCGAUACCUCGGUUUGGACCGUCGUCAGCUGCGAGAUUUAUGGAAGAGCAGAGAGACGAUGGCGAGUAGAGGAAACCAAUUCCUUCGAGUUCUCUUGAUAUGUGUAGCGAUAUUUAGAGGUGUUACAUCCAAUAUCAAUGAUGGAAGCUUCGAUGGAAGUAACUUCAAUAAAUUUGACGCUCCUGACCAAUUUUCUCACGAUCAAUUUUCGGAAUCUUAUAACACGCCACUGCAUCCUAUCGAAAAUCGUUUCUGGCGAAGUCCCGAAAAUCUUGGUGAGGUUUCCGGAGUCGCUGUGGAACCGACGGGAAAUCUCGUAAUUUUUCAUCGCGGAGAUCGAACAUGGAAUUACGAUACCUUCGACGAAAAUGCAGAAUACCAAGAGAAAUACAAAGGUCCCAUUCGUGAGAAUACAGUAUUAAAGGUGGAUUCUAAAAUUGGUAAUAUUAUUUGCGGUUGGGGAAAUCAAACAUUUUAUUUACCGCAUGGAAUUCACGUCGAUCCCUUUGGAAAUAUAUGGUUGACUGAUAUUGCUCUUCAUCAAGUAUUCAAGUACUCGGCUUCCGGUAUUCCUCAAAUGAUUCUCGGUCAAAGAUUUGAGCCUGGAAACGAUAUAAAUCAUUUCUGCCAGCCAACCUCAGUCGCGGUUUUACCGAGUGGCGACAUUGUCAUCGCUGACGGAUAUUGCAACAAUAGAAUAAUAUUGUUUGACAAAAGGGGCAAUCCUAAAUAUGCUAUCGGUGAAAACUGGAUUACUUUAAGAGUCCCACAUGCUUUGACGAUUUUGCCAAAUGAACAAGUAUGUAUCGCUGACCGCGAAGAUUUGAGAAUUGUAUGCCUGGAUGUAACAUUUUCCGGAUUGAAACAAAACCCUCCUUCUUAUCUUCCUUAUUCGAUUCAUCAUCCGCAAUUCGGUCGAAUAUUCGGAAUUGCAUCGUAUCAUGGUUUCAUUUACGCCGUGAAUGGAAUGACAUUUAAAAAUAUACAAAUUAGAGGUUUCACCAUUGAUCAUAUAAAUCGGAAUGUAAUUGAAUUUUGGAACCCGGAGUCUUCAGCCUUCACUAUGCCUCACGCCAUUGCUGUAUGCCCUUAUGGUAGAGCCCUUUAUGUCUCAGAAAUUGGACCAAACAAAGUAUGGAAAUUCGACCUAGUGAUCAAAUCUAAUAAUACAGAUGUUAAGCAACUAGUAUUACAUAAGGAUGGGAAGUAAUUGAUCGUUACUUAUAAAUAAUAACGCCAUUACAGUUACUUUUUUUGUAAUGGAUU